UGCUAUGGUAAUACCUCAGAGAAUAGAAAGUGACAGCGACUGUGAAAAUCUUACGGUGGAAAUUCCAGUAACCGUUUUCGUAGACGUCGACCGCGAUCAGCUAAGGACCUCUGUUUUAAACAUGGCCGACCAACCAGGAAACGUGUGUAUCGAGAUGGACAAUGUGUUUGAGUUGGAGAGGACUAAUGCCGAGAACAGUUUCGAUAAAUCGCCUUCAGACACAACCAAGAUUUUAUACUUCUCUGAAGGAGAAAGUACGGACGUUGAAAGCGAUGUUUGUCGCAUUUGUCAUUGCAGCGAGGAAAUGGAGAUCUUGAUAAGUCCAUGUUUGUGUACUGGCUCUGUCAAGUUCGUUCAUCACUCUUGUUUAAUGAACUGGUUACAGCGGGCAGUGAUGAGCAAAUGUGAACUGUGUCUGUAUCCUUUAGCAGUCAAACGAAAGAGGAAACCUUUUAGUAAGUGGCGUCUUCCAGAGGACAAACCUUUUCCUAUUCUGUGGCUAUUCACCUUUGUUGUGGCUAUGACGCUGAACGUAGCCUCCAUAGCCAAAGACGGCAGUCAGAGAUGUGUGUCGAAUCCUUGUAUUAUUUUCUACGUGCUUGGCUCAGCGGGGGCUCUUCUAGGACUGGCCUUCUUCUACCACUGGCUGCGUAAAACCUUGCGCUACGUAGCAAAAUGGAUUGCGCUUAACCAGGAAUGGACUUUAGUGGGUCCCAUUGACUUGAGGAGUCAUCUGGGCCAGACAAAUCUUGCCUACUCUUCAAAGUCACUCUCCGAGACAGACGCAACACAAGAACGUAGUAGCCUAGACGCGUAGUAGAUGGACCGAUAGUUGCAUGCACAAACAUUGCCUUUUGUUGGAGAUACGUUAUCUUGGAAAAUUGACGGGAACUAAGAGGCCAGCGAUGUUAUCCUUCACGUGCACAUGUCUUCACUUUUUGUGAACAGAGGCCUUAGCUGAUGCUACAUUUUCCGCUGAGGCGAGUUGGGAAGUUGAAAGAAACCUCUGAUUUUGAUGGUUGUAAACAGAAACUAACAGUUUUAAGGCGAUGCAUGGUUCAAUAUUAGUUUCUAGAUUUGUGUUUGUAAGUUAUGAUCGUUAAAACUUUCUCAAGUGACUUUGGAGACUAACACAUGACAUUCUAUUUUUUCUUUGGAUCGAUUACGUCACGAAUGAUCAAUCCAAAACAACACCAUAGAUGAAAAUUAAUUGAAGAGUAAUAUAUUAUGUAGGUAGUUUUGGAAGUCAGAAGUUUUUCCUAUUCUCUACUUUCUCAGAUUUUCUUACGUUAUUUCUUGAUCCAACUCACUUUUUGUACAGUUCAUCCAAUUGUGACGUUAACUUAAAAUAAUUAUAGUUAAAUUAUUGAAAGUAUUGAAAGUUAAAUACAAAAUUAAGAAAUAUAUAUCCCGUUUAUUUUGAAAAGAUAAUAGAAGAAAAGAACAAUUUUCAAAAUUAUUAACUCCAGUUUAUAAUAUUGUUAAAGAAGGUAUAUUUCAAAUAGUAUCGAAUGUUCACAGUUGCUGUACAUGUAAAGCAUUUUGUUACAGUUGUGAAUAAAACUUUGUUAUUAAUGUAAAA